UAGCUCCUUCUCUCUCACUGCCCCCCUCUCUCUCCCAUAUCUAUGUCUCCCUCUGUGGUUCACUUUUUUGGUUGUAUGUCUCUCUUGCUUUACAGACUCUGUCUCCUCAGUCUCUCCAUCUCUGUGUCUAUCUGGCACAUUCCAGGCUCUAGCUCUCUCUGCAUCUGUUUCUUCCUGUUUCUUCUCUUUCUUCCACUGUGUCACUUGUCCUCUCUCUCUCUGUGUCUAUCCUCCGUCUCCAUUUUUAGACAUCUCAGGCCCAGUCUCUCUCCCAGUCGCUGUCUGUCUCUUGUGUGAUUCUCCCUUUAUUUUACUUUGCCUCUGGGUGCUUCUCUCUGGAUCUCACCCUCUUUUCUCUCUGAUUCUUUUUCCUUCUAUCCACUCCUCUUCCCGCUCCCUCUAUUGCUCUUUCCUUCUUUUUGUGUCUUCCUCUUCCUCUCUAUCCCCUCUCUACCUUACUUCUAGUCUCUGUCUCCUUCUCUUUUGCUCUCCCCAUGGACCCAGAGCCCAGAAUGAGGGAAACUUCAAAUACCUUCCCCAUCAGGUUUUCCCUCUUCUCCCACCCCCUCCCCCUUCCCCUUUCUCUCCCACUCAUUCCCUUUCCCUCCAUUCUCUCUCUAGGCAUAUUUCUCUCCUCCUUCCCCCUCUCUACUUCUUCCUUCUCUACCCUUCCCAAUUUUCAUCCCCACUCUCUUCUCCACUUCUAUCCCCGCCUUUCCUGGGUUCUCCCCUCCCCCUACACCUCAUUUACCAUUUACUUACUGGAUAUCUGGUCUAGGUUUCUUUUUACCUCUAGUCUUCUCCUCCCAGCUGGUGCGCUCUCUCUCUCUCUCUCUCUCUCUGUCUGUCUCUCUCUCUCUCUCACUUUAAUAUCUUUCCAUGAUUUUUUCUCCCUCUCCCUUCUCCAUCCCUUUCUCAUUGUCUCCUCUUUCUCCCCUCCUGUCCUCCUGUCCCCUCCCUCUCCUUGCUCCGUCCUCUUGCCAUCCCCUGACUCUUCCCCUGGCCUCUUCACCUUUCCCGCUUUUCCCCAACUCCAUCCUCCCCUGAGACUCUUCCCCCCGCCCCCACUUUCCUGACUUUUCCAUUACCUACUCUCUCAUACAAUCCCCUCUUUCCUUGCCACACCCACUCCCCUCCCUUUCCCUUCCUUCCUUCCCUCUGCAUCCCCCCUCUCUUCUCCCCUCCCCUCCUUAUCUUCUUUCCCAGGUCUAUCUCUUUUUUUAUUCACGCCUCUCAACCUGUUUUUCCACUUCCCUUUUUCCUGGAGCGUCUACGGAGGACUCUGGCACUGCAUUUACACUCUUGGAGGGCAACAGCAAUCGCACAUCCAGGAUCAGCCAAAGGAAAGAAAUCCCUGGCUUCUCCUUGGACAGGGGAAAUGCGGGAAAGAGCCUCGCAAUGGACAGGCUUGCUUGAAACAACAAAGGACCUCCGCCUUCACCCAGGAGUUUGCUCAGCGGAGCAAACACGAGUCGAUCCAGAGACAUUCUCCAGAACACAAAAGGGUCUUCCAACCUCACUUACCAAAGGGAUCAGGCAGACAUUAGGGCAAAAGCCAUGAAAGGGUUCAAGUCAACAAAAUCGAGUGCCUGCCGCUCAAGAAAAGCAGCACAGGAAGCGCCGAGGCUCAGAGCUCACAAAAGACCGAUAGUGAAAAAAAAGACAGGGUCCUUUUCCAAGGGGCUGAAAGGUUUACCUCGGAAGUUGGAGCAAAAGCAGUUCAACUUUUCUCCCAGGAAAACCCAGAGAAACUGAAAGGAACCACCCACCCAGCAACGGCCAAGCAAAGAUUGUGAUUGGACGACGGACAGGUCACAAGAGACUCCAAGGAGGAAUCCUGUACGCGAUAUACACUCUGAGAGGGCAGCAACAACCGCACAUCCGGGAUCUACAGUGAGAGCAAAGAAAUUCCUGGCUACUCACUCCUUGGAUGGGGGAAAUGCUGAAAAAAGACCCCCGAGGUACAGGGAGCCCUGAACCAGCAUUGGCCCGCUGCUGAUACCACCGCCUUCACCCAGGAUAGUUUGCUCCCCGGGGCAAACACCACUUCACCCAGAGAUGUCCUCCGGAGCAGAAAGGGGUCUUCACGCCUCAUUUACAAAGGGGAUCAGGGAGAAAUCAGGACAAAAGUCCUUAAGGGGUUCAAGUCCAAAAAACCUUGGGCAAUUUAAUGCUCAGGAAAAGAACCACCCAGGGCGCUGAGGCUCACAGAAGAUUGAUGGUGGAAAGACAGUCAUUUCUCAAGGGGCAGCAAGAUUUACCUCCCAAGUUGGAGCCGGGGGAGUUCCAUUUUCUCCCAGGAAAACACGGAGAGACUAACAAGAACCGCCCACCUAGCAACUCCCAGAUUCUGGUUGGACAACCGUCAAGUCACUUCCACAGCGCGGACAAUUCCAAUGGGCCAGGGUCGGGGGGAGCGGCUGGGAGGGGGAGGGACACCUGACAGGGAGGACCCCUCACGGCCUGGCCGCAGGUCCCAGAAACCCAACAGCCCACCUCCACCCGGGGAAACCAAGCACCCAAAACGAAAACUUGCUGACAAUUGGCGAAUGCCCAGGUUGCGGGCAACCUCGAAUACCUUCCUCACACGUUUUCCCCCUGGCCAACCUCCCCCGCCCGCUCUAACUCUCUCCCUCCCUCCCCCUUCCCCUUUGCUCUCCCUCCAGUCCUAUUUCUCUCCUCUUUACCCCUUCCUCUUCGCCUUUUCUACGCCCCACCCCUCUUUCUCUGGUCCUCCCUCCCCCUCCACACGCUUAUACUUUUCCUACUCCGUAGCCAGUCUAGGGGUCUUCAGCCCUCUAGUCUUCCCCUGACUCUUCCCCCGGCUUCGACACCUUUCCCUCUUUUUCUCCAACUCCAUCCUCUCCUGACUCACCCACACACACACCUUUCCUAACUUUUCUUUCAUCUUCCUUUCCAGUUCCUUUCUUUUUCCUACUCUCACCACCGCCUCUCUUCUUUUACUGCUAAACCCACUCUUCUCCAGCUCCCUUUCUCUUCUUUCCCUUUGUUCCCUCCCUUCUGUCCUCCUCCUUCCCCCAGUGUUAUCUUUUUUUUCCUCUGUCUCUUUUUUAUUGUCCCCUCGCACUCCCAUUCCCCUCUUUUACUUUCUCUCAUUUUCUUCCCCCUCUCCUUAUUUUUCUCCAUGGGAUUUGUGUGAGAUGAAAUUGUCCCAGCAUGCUCCUAUUAGUAACUUCCUGUAGAAAAAAUGUGGUUCGGAGCCCUCCACUAAGAGAGAUCAAUAUUUCUCCUUUUGAAGAGUAGAAGAAACCCCCCCACCCACCCACCUCUUAGUAUAGGCCUUUGAUAGUCUUCUCAAAUGUGGCAAAAGAGCCCCCCUCCCCUCCUGGUUCCCAUGGGAAGAGGUUUGGUGUCCUAAUUCCUAUGAGAGAAGCCUCAAAACUUACCCGUUAGAAAAGUUAAAAUACAUGAUUACUAAAACCCAAGAACUGUUAUAUAAUGCUGCAAAAAUCCUUCCACAGCCCUACAAACUACAAACCUAAUGAGUAACUCCUAUAAGCUUGAAAGAGUUGAGAAAGAUUAAGGAGGAUAGAGAAUGGAGGGUUGAAAAGAUACUCCAUGAUGGGAAAAUGGACAUGGGGCACUUUGAUGGAUCUCCAUAAAAUCUGAGUAAAUCUGGGUACCUCUCUGCCCUCUCAGACUCUGGAGCCUCCCUUCCUCUCUCCCCCCUACCCCCAACCAUCACCCCCUUCUCUCUCCCUUCAUCUGGCUCCCCUCCCUGUAGUGUUCCCUCACUCCAUGCACCCCCACCCAGCCUCUGAAUAAAGCUAUAUCAAUUCUGCCAGCCUCAAAUCUCCCAUGUGCUCAUUAGAAUGAUUCCUGGGGAGAUGAGCCCAUUUCCCCCCCACCCCCAUUCCGCUCCACAGGAGUGUUACCAAAACAGGUACUCUAUACAAACAGGAUUCUAAAAAAACCUCAUGUUUGCUUGCAAUGAAAGUAACAAAGAUAUUAUUACCACCAUCCCGAAUUAGGCUAGUGUUGACUCUCUUCCAUGUCACUGAGCAGCCAUGCUUAAUCAAGAAAGUGGAAAGUUAAGCUGCCUGCAAAAUUGUUUACCCUUUUCCGGUAGGAAUUGGAAGAACUGCCAAUUAGUUGAAGCAUUUUCAGGGAGUACUGAAACCCAGAAGAGCCUGGAAAUUCAUUGCAAAGAAAAAAUGGGUGUUCCUGACUGGUAAAAUCAAAUCUUUUCAUGUGCGUGUAUACACGCGCACUCCCACGCACAGACACACACACACACACACACACACACACAUGUUGCUGAAAUUUGCCCUUUGGGUAUCAGGGUGUUUUGGGGUUUUUUUGAGUUUUUCGUUCUUACCUGAAGUCUAUAUUCCUUCCCCUCCCUUUUAUCCUUGCAAAGCAAGUUUCUGAAAUCAAAGCAAAGUGAAAUAAUCAAAGCCCCAGGAAUUUGAAUCUUGUGUACAGCAAUCAAAUAUGUUGCCCUUGUGAUGCCCGGGCAUAGGCUACAGAACCCCUCCCAAAAUGACUGGGGGUGGGGAGGCUCUUUAGGCAUCUUUGAGAAUAGGAAAAAGCCUAUAUUGCUAUCUACUAUAACUGCUAUUAUAACUGAGGGGAGAGGAGGUUCUUCUCCACAGAAAAUUGCUAAUACUGAUCAAUAGAUGUGGGGGAUUAAUGCACAGUCUCAUCCCACAUACUUCCUCCUCUCUUUUCUCUCCUUCCCUUAUUUGUCUGUCCUUUUCCUCUCUCUACCUCUCCUCCUUUGUUCUCUGUCCUUAUUUGCCCCCAGUACUUCUUACUGUCUCUUUCCCUUUCUCACUUUCAUCCCCUUGCUCUUCUUUCUUUUGUCUCUCUUUGAUUCUGUCAUUCCCUCUCUGACUACUUUGGAAUCUUCUCUACCCUGGUCCCCACCCCACCCCACCCCCUUCCUCUUUUCCUACUCUGUAUGUCCACUAGGUCUCUCUUCUUCUACUUUCUAUCUGUCCUCUCCAUUUCUCCCUUGUCUGUCCUUCCCCCUUUCUCAAGCCCCUACCCCUUUUCUCUCUUGUUCUCCUGGACUCCUCAUCAGCCUCUCUGUCACUCUCUUUACUUCCUUUGCUCCUGCCCUUUCUCUCUCCCUUUCGCUGUCAUCUCUCUCAUUCCCUCUAAAUUUGUCUCAGGGUGUCUCUGUGUCCUCUCUGGCUAUCUCAGUCUCUAUCCUCUUCCUCAAUCCCUCUCUCCCCUACUCUUUUUCACUGUCAAUCUACGCCAACCUCGGUCUGCCAGUCCUUUGCCCUCUUGCCCCCCCCCACACACCACCCUUUCCUCUCUGUUGUUCACUAUCUUCUUGCCUCUCUAUAUCUUUCUUUCCCCACACUCUGUCUCUCCCUUCCCAGUUAUUCCCUUUUCUUCUCUGUCAUUCUCUAGCUCCUUCUCUCUCACUGCCCCCCUCUCUCUCCCAUAUCUAUGUCUCCCUCUGUGGUUCACUUUUUUGGUUGUAUGUCUCUCUUGCUUUACAGACUCUGUCUCCUCAGUCUCUCCAUCUCUGUGUCUAUCUGGCACAUUCCAGGUUCCCAUUCGAGCUCUCUCUGUAUCUGUUUCUUUCUGUUUCUUCUCUUUCUUCCACUGUGUCACUUGUCCUCUCUCUCUCUGUGUCUAUCCUCCGUCUCCAUUUUUAGACAUCUCAGGCCCAGUCUCUCUCCCAGUCGCUGUCUGUCUCUUCUGUGAUUCUCCCUUUAUUUUACUUUGCCUCUGGGUGCUUCUCUCUGGAUCUCACCCUCUUUUCUCUCUGAUUCUUUUUCCUUCUAUCCACUCCUCUUCCCGCUCCCUCUAUUGCUCUUUCCUUCUUUUUGUGUCUUCCUCUUCCUCUCUAUCCCCUCUCUACCUUACUUCUAGUCUCUGUCUCCUUCUCUUUUGCUCUCCCCAUGGACCCAGAGCCCAGAAUGAGGGAAACUUCAAAUACCUUCCCCAUCAGGUUUUCCCUCUUCUCCCACCCCCUCCCCCUUCCCCUUUCUCUCCCACUCAUUCCCUUUCCCUCCAUUCUCUCUCUAGGCAUAUUUCUCUCCUCCUUCCCCCUCUCUACUUCUUCCUUCUCUACCCUUCCCAAUUUUCAUCCCCACUCUCUUCUCCACUUCUAUCCCCGCCUUUCCUGGGUUCUCCCCUCCCCCUACACCUCAUUUACCAUUUACUUACUGGAUAUCUGGUCUAGGUUUCUUUUUACCUCUAGUCUUCUCCUCCCAGCUGGUGCGCUCUCUCUCUCUCUCUCUCUCUCUCUCUCUCUCUCUCUCUCUCUCUCUCUCUCUCUCUCUCACUUCAAUAUCUUUCCAUGAUUUUUUCUCCCUCUCCCUUCUCCAUCCCUUUCUCAUUGUCUCCUCUUUCUCCCCUCCUGUCCUCCUGUCCCCUCCCUCUCCUUGCUCCGUCCUCUUGCCAUCCCCUGACUCUUCCCCUGGCCUCUUCACCUUUCCCGCUUUUCCCCAACUCCAUCCUCCCCUGAGACUCUUCCCCCCGCCCCCACUUUCCUGACUUUUCCAUUACCUACUCUCUCAUACAAUCCCCUCUUUCCUUGCCACACCCACUCCCCUCCCUUUCCCUUCCUUCCUUCCCUCUGCAUCCCCCCUCUCUUCUCCCCUCCCCUCCUUAUCUUCUUUCCCAGGUCUAUCUCUUUUUUUAUUCACGCCUCUCAACCUGUUUUUCCACUUCCCUUUUUCCUGGAGCGUCUACGGAGGACUCUGGCACUGCAUUUACACUCUUGGAGGGCAACAGCAAUCGCACAUCCAGGAUCAGCCAAAGGAAAGAAAUCCCUGGCUUCUCCUUGGACAGGGGAAAUGCGGGAAAGAGCCUCGCAAUGGACAGGCUUGCUUGAAACAACAAAGGACCUCCGCCUUCACCCAGGAGUUUGCUCAGCGGAGCAAACACGAGUCGAUCCAGAGACAUUCUCCAGAACACAAAAGGGUCUUCCAACCUCACUUACCAAAGGGAUCAGGCAGACAUUAGGGCAAAAGCCAUGAAAGGGUUCAAGUCAACAAAAUCGAGUGCCUGCCGCUCAAGAAAAGCAGCACAGGAAGCGCCGAGGCUCAGAGCUCACAAAAGACCGAUAGUGAAAAAAAAGACAGGGUCCUUUUCCAAGGGGCUGAAAGGUUUACCUCGGAAGUUGGAGCAAAAGCAGUUCAACUUUUCUCCCAGGAAAACCCAGAGAAACUGAAAGGAACCACCCACCCAGCAACGGCCAAGCAAAGAUUGUGAUUGGACGACGGACAGGUCAGUGAACGGCCCAGUGGAGGAUUCCAACUUCCUGAGCUGCAGAGGGGCGUGUGUGGGAGGGACCACAAGCCGGGGGUGGCUGCUGGCCCCAGAUAGCAACACCCCACUUCCACCCGGGGAAAGGCAGGACCAAAGGGAGAAACUUGCUGGCCCUUAGCGAGUGCCCAGGUGGCGGGCAACCUCGCAUGCCUUCCUGACACGUUUUCCCCCUCGCCAAACUCCCCCGCCCGCUCCAACUUUCUCCCUCGGCUGGCCCUCUUCUCCCUCCAACACUUCCCUUUUCUCUCCCUUUCAUUCUCCUUUCCCUCCUUCUAGCCAUAUGACUCUCCUCUUUGCCCCUCUCUCGACCUCUUUCUAGUCUGUCCUUCGCAACUGUCAUCCCCUCUCUCUUCUCCUUUUCUAUGCCCCCCUCUUUCUCUUGCUCCUCUCCUCCCUCUUUCAUUGCCACACCCACUCCCCACCCUUUCCCUUCUUUCCCUCUGCAUCACCUCUCUCUUCUCCCCUCCCCUCCUUACCUUCUUUCCCAGCUCUCUCUCUCUUUUUUUAUUCACCCCUCUCAACCCGUUUUCCCACUUCCCAGGUCACAAGAGACUCCAAGGAGGAAUCCUGUACGCGAUAUACACUCUGAGAGGGCAGCAACAACCGCACAUCCGGGAUCUACAGUGAGAGCAAAGAAAUUCCUGGCUACUCACUCCUUGGAUGGGGGAAAUGCUGAAAAAAGACCCCCGAGGUACAGGGAGCCCUGAACCAGCAUUGGCCCGCUGCUGAUACCACCGCCUUCACCCAGGAUAGUUUGCUCCCCGGGGCAAACACCACUUCACCCAGAGAUGUCCUCCGGAGCAGAAAGGGGUCUUCACGCCUCAUUUACAAAGGGGAUCAGGGAGAAAUCAGGACAAAAGUCCUUAAGGGGUUCAAGUCCAAAAAACCUUGGGCAAUUUAAUGCUCAGGAAAAGAACCACCCAGGGCGCUGAGGCUCACAGAAGAUUGAUGGUGGAAAGACAGUCAUUUCUCAAGGGGCAGCAAGAUUUACCUCCCAAGUUGGAGCCGGGGGAGUUCCAUUUUCUCCCAGGAAAACACGGAGAGACUAACAAGAACCGCCCACCUAGCAACUCCCAGAUUCUGGUUGGACAACCGUCAAGUCACUUCCACAGCGCGGACAAUUCCAAUGGGCCAGGGUCGGGGGGAGCGGCUGGGAGGGGGAGGGACACCUGACAGGGAGGACCCCUCACGGCCUGGCCGCAGGUCCCAGAAACCCAACAGCCCACCUCCACCCGGGGAAACCAAGCACCCAAAACGAAAACUUGCUGACAAUUGGCGAAUGCCCAGGUUGCGGGCAACCUCGAAUACCUUCCUCACACGUUUUCCCCCUGGCCAACCUCCCCCGCCCGCUCUAACUCUCUCCCUCCCUCCCCCUUCCCCUUUGCUCUCCCUCCAGUCCUAUUUCUCUCCUCUUUACCCCUUCCUCUUCGCCUUUUCUACGCCCCACCCCUCUUUCUCUGGUCCUCCCUCCCCCUCCACACGCUUAUACUUUUCCUACUCCGUAGCCAGUCUAGGGGUCUUCAGCCCUCUAGUCUUCCCCUGACUCUUCCCCCGGCUUCGACACCUUUCCCUCUUUUUCUCCAACUCCAUCCUCUCCUGACUCACCCACACACACACCUUUCCUAACUUUUCUUUCAUCUUCCUUUCCAGUUCCUUUCUUUUUCCUACUCUCACCACCGCCUCUCUUCUUUUACUGCUAAACCCACUCUUCUCCAGCUCCCUUUCUCUUCUUUCCCUUUGUUCCCUCCCUUCUGUCCUCCUCCUUCCCCCAGUGUUAUCUUUUUUUUCCUCUGUCUCUUUUUUAUUGUCCCCUCGCACUCCCAUUCCCCUCUUUUACUUUCUCUCAUUUUCUUCCCCCUCUCCUUAUUUUUCUCCAUGGGAUUUGUGUGAGAUGAAAUUGUCCCAGCAUGCUCCUAUUAGUAACUUCCUGUAGAAAAAAUGUGGUUCGGAGCCCUCCACUAAGAGAGAUCAAUAUUUCUCCUUUUGAAGAGUAGAAGAAACCCCCCCACCCACCCACCUCUUAGUAUAGGCCUUUGAUAGUCUUCUCAAAUGUGGCAAAAGAGCCCCCCUCCCCUCCUGGUUCCCAUGGGAAGAGGUUUGGUGUCCUAAUUCCUAUGAGAGAAGCCUCAAAACUUACCCGUUAGAAAAGUUAAAAUACAUGAUUACUAAAACCCAAGAACUGUUAUAUAAUGCUGCAAAAAUCCUUCCACAGCCCUACAAACUACAAACCUAAUGAGUAACUCCUAUAAGCUUGAAAGAGUUGAGAAAGAUUAAGGAGGAUAGAGAAUGGAGGGUUGAAAAGAUACUCCAUGAUGGGAAAAUGGACAUGGGGCACUUUGAUGGAUCUCCAUAAAAUCUGAGUAAAUCUGGGUACCUCUCUGCCCUCUCAGACUCUGGAGCCUCCCUUCCUCUCUCCCCCCUACCCCCAACCAUCACCCCCUUCUCUCUCCCUUCAUCUGGCUCCCCUCCCUGUAGUGUUCCCUCACUCCAUGCACCCCCACCCAGCCUCUGAAUAAAGCUAUAUCAAUUCUGCCAGCCUCAAAUCUCCCAUGUGCUCAUUAGAAUGAUUCCUGGGGAGAUGAGCCCAUUUCCCCCCCACCCCCAUUCCGCUCCACAGGAGUGUUACCAAAACAGGUACUCUAUACAAACAGGAUUCUAAAAAAACCUCAUGUUUGCUUGCAAUGAAAGUAACAAAGAUAUUAUUACCACCAUCCCGAAUUAGGCUAGUGUUGACUCUCUUCCAUGUCACUGAGCAGCCAUGCUUAAUCAAGAAAGUGGAAAGUUAAGCUGCCUGCAAAAUUGUUUACCCUUUUCCGGUAGGAAUUGGAAGAACUGCCAAUUAGUUGAAGCAUUUUCAGGGAGUACUGAAACCCAGAAGAGCCUGGAAAUUCAUUGCAAAGAAAAAAUGGGUGUUCCUGACUGGUAAAAUCAAAUCUUUUCAUGUGCGUGUAUACACGCGCACUCCCACGCACAGACACACACACACACACACACACACACACACAUGUUGCUGAAAUUUGCCCUUUGGGUAUCAGGGUGUUUUGGGGUUUUUUUGAGUUUUUCGUUCUUACCUGAAGUCUAUAUUCCUUCCCCUCCCUUUUAUCCUUGCAAAGCAAGUUUCUGAAAUCAAAGCAAAGUGAAAUAAUCAAAGCCCCAGGAAUUUGAAUCUUGUGUACAGCAAUCAAAUAUGUUGCCCUUGUGAUGCCCGGGCAUAGGCUACAGAACCCCUCCCAAAAUGACUGGGGGUGGGGAGGCUCUUUAGGCAUCUUUGAGAAUAGGAAAAAGCCUAUAUUGCUAUCUACUAUAACUGCUAUUAUAACUGAGGGGAGAGGAGGUUCUUCUCCACAGAAAAUUGCUAAUACUGAUCAAUAGAUGUGGGGGAUUAAUGCACAGUCUCAUCCCACAUACUUCCUCCUCUCUUUUCUCUCCUUCCCUUAUUUGUCUGUCCUUUUCCUCUCUCUACCUCUCCUCCUUUGUUCUCUGUCCUUAUUUGCCCCCAGUACUUCUUACUGUCUCUUUCCCUUUCUCACUUUCAUCCCCUUGCUCUUCUUUCUUUUGUCUCUCUUUGAUUCUGUCAUUCCCUCUCUGACUACUUUGGAAUCUUCUCUACCCUGGUCCCCACCCCACCCCACCCCCUUCCUCUUUUCCUACUCUGUAUGUCCACUAGGUCUCUCUUCUUCUACUUUCUAUCUGUCCUCUCCAUUUCUCCCUUGUCUGUCCUUCCCCCUUUCUCAAGCCCCUACCCCUUUUCUCUCUUGUUCUCCUGGACUCCUCAUCAGCCUCUCUGUCACUCUCUUUACUUCCUUUGCUCCUGCCCUUUCUCUCUCCCUUUCGCUGUCAUCUCUCUCAUUCCCUCUAAAUUUGUCUCAGGGUGUCUCUGUGUCCUCUCUGGCUAUCUCAGUCUCUAUCCUCUUCCUCAAUCCCUCUCUCCCCUACUCUUUUUCACUGUCAAUCUACGCCAACCUCGGUCUGCCAGUCCUUUGCCCUCUUGCCCCGCCACACACACCACCCUUUCCUCUCUGUUGUUCACUAUCUUCUUGCCUCUCUAUAUCUUUCUUUCCCCACACUCUGUCUCUCCCUUCCCAGUUAUUCCCUUUUCUUCUCUGUCAUUCUCUAGCUCCUUCUCUCUCACUGCCCCCCUCUCUCUCCCAUAUCUAUGUCUCCCUCUGUGGUUCACUUUUUUGGUUGUAUGUCUCUCUUGCUUUACAGACUCUGUCUCCUCAGUCUCUCCAUCUCUGUGUCUAUCUGGCACAUUCCAGGCUCGAGCUCUCUCUGUAUCUGUUUCUUUCUGUUUCUUCUCUUUCUUCCACUGUGUCACUUGUCCUCUCUCUCUCUGUGUCUAUCCUCCGUCUCCAUUUUUAGACAUCUCAGGCCCAGUCUCUCUCCCAGUCGCUGUCUGUCUCUUGUGUGAUUCUCCCUUUAUUUUACUUUGCCUCUGGGUGCUUCUCUCUGGAUCUCACCCUCUUUUCUCUCUGAUUCUUUUUCCUUCUAUCCACUCCUCUUCCCGCUCCCUCUAUUGCUCUUUCCUUCUUUUUGUGUCUUCCUCUUCCUCUCUAUCCCCUCUCUACCUUACUUCUAGUCUCUGUCUCCUUCUCUUUUGCUCUCCCCAUGGACCCAGAGCCCAGAAUGAGGGAAACUUCAAAUACCUUCCCCAUCAGGUUUUCCCUCUUCUCCCACCCCCUCCCCCUUCCCCUUUCUCUCCCACUCAUUCCCUUUCCCUCCAUUCUCUCUCUAGGCAUAUUUCUCUCCUCCUUCCCCCUCUCUACUUCUUCCUUCUCUACCCUUCCCAAUUUUCAUCCCCACUCUCUUCUCCACUUCUAUCCCCGCCUUUCCUGGGUUCUCCCCUCCCCCUACACCUCAUUUACCAUUUACUUACUGGAUAUCUGGUCUAGGUUUCUUUUUACCUCUAGUCUUCUCCUCCCAGCUGGUGCGCUCUCUCUCUCUCUCUCUCUCUCUGUCUGUCUCUCUCUCUCUCUCACUUUAAUAUCUUUCCAUGAUUUUUUCUCCCUCUCCCUUCUCCAUCCCUUUCUCAUUGUCUCCUCUUUCUCCCCUCCUGUCCUCCUGUCCCCUCCCUCUCCUUGCUCCGUCCUCUUGCCAUCCCCUGACUCUUCCCCUGGCCUCUUCACCUUUCCCGCUUUUCCCCAACUCCAUCCUCCCCUGAGACUCUUCCCCCCGCCCCCACUUUCCUGACUUUUCCAUUACCUACUCUCUCAUACAAUCCCCUCUUUCCUUGCCACACCCACUCCCCUCCCUUUCCCUUCCUUCCUUCCCUCUGCAUCCCCCCUCUCUUCUCCCCUCCCCUCCUUAUCUUCUUUCCCAGGUCUAUCUCUUUUUUUAUUCACGCCUCUCAACCUGUUUUUCCACUUCCCUUUUUCCUGGAGCGUCUACGGAGGACUCUGGCACUGCAUUUACACUCUUGGAGGGCAACAGCAAUCGCACAUCCAGGAUCAGCCAAAGGAAAGAAAUCCCUGGCUUCUCCUUGGACAGGGGAAAUGCGGGAAAGAGCCUCGCAAUGGACAGGCUUGCUUGAAACAACAAAGGACCUCCGCCUUCACCCAGGAGUUUGCUCAGCGGAGCAAACACGAGUCGAUCCAGAGACAUUCUCCAGAACACAAAAGGGUCUUCCAACCUCACUUACCAAAGGGAUCAGGCAGACAUUAGGGCAAAAGCCAUGAAAGGGUUCAAGUCAACAAAAUCGAGUGCCUGCCGCUCAAGAAAAGCAGCACAGGAAGCGCCGAGGCUCAGAGCUCACAAAAGACCGAUAGUGAAAAAAAAGACAGGGUCCUUUUCCAAGGGGCUGAAAGGUUUACCUCGGAAGUUGGAGCAAAAGCAGUUCAACUUUUCUCCCAGGAAAACCCAGAGAAACUGAAAGGAACCACCCACCCAGCAACGGCCAAGCAAAGAUUGUGAUUGGACGACGGACAGGUCAGUGAAAGGCCCAGUGGAGGAUUCCAACUUCCUGAGCUGCAGAGG